CUGCUGCUGCCACCGCCGCCGACGACAUGAACUGGGUCGGGGGCAGCCGGAGCAGAGUUAUACUGAAGCAGGAAAGGCGGAAGCAAAAGGAAUACUUUGAGAAGAAGAAGCUUAAAUCAAAGAUGAAGCUUUUGGAUGUAUCUUCAUCUCCUAAAAGUUCAGCAGUCAGUUUAGAUCUCCUCAAUCUGUAUGUUGUUAACCAAAUAUCAACCAAAAAGGACAACACUGAGAGCGUGAGGAAACCAGUCCACGUUGACAUGAGUGGAGGCUUAAAUAUUCCUGUUAAAAGACACAACAUAGAGCUUCCCAUGUCACCACCACGUACCCGAUAUGCAUCAAACCUAGAUGACAUCCAGAACAGGUUACAAAAACAAGUAAUGGACAGCAGAAGRCAGCAUCUUUCAGAGAAAGUAAAAUACCAGAAUAAUUUAUCACAAGUUACAGAGUUAACUUAUGCGGACUCCAGCAUGGGCCACGAGGAUGACACUGCAGCAGCCUUCAGUGCUGGUCCCCUGUCAUCUUCAGGCUUUUGGUCUUCUAAUUCUACACAGUCUUCAAAAGAAAAUUUCAACACAAACUUAGUGUGGGACUCUUGGGAACAGACCYAUGAAGAGAAGCAGGAAAAAGAGGAAGGAAAUACUUCUGAUCAAGACCCCUGGAUACUGCAAACCCCAAGCCAGUGUAUUUUCAAGCAGUCUGAUACAGAACUUCAGGAACUUUUCAAGCCAUUGAACAGGCCAGAUUAUAUGAAUUCUGCCAGCRAAAAUCCAGUGCUAAUGACCAGUAAAGAACCAGAAAGUAUCCAAAGGAUAAAUGAGCCCUUUUUCAGUGUUGUGAAAGAACCCCCAGAGCUGGUACCUGCCCGAGAUGAACGUGAUUGCUCCUUCCUGACAAUCUUUGAAGAUGAGAACCAACCAGACUGUGAUGAUCUCUCCACAAAGCAUUUUAAUCCUUUUGUUAACCAAAGCAGUAGUGCUGAUUUUUUCCCUGGUCCUGAUGACAGAAAUCAAAUGACGGAGAGAAGUUUUACUUACGAGACUGGGGAGGUUCAUCCUGCAAUUAAUGCAAAAGGAGGCUCUGUAGACAGACAUCUUAAAGGCAUUUUCACAGCUCCAGAACAGGUUUUGUUUAAAAGUAACAUUUUUUCAAAUGCAAGCUAUGAAGAACACAGAGAACCUUACAAAACCUGCCUGCAGGACUAUCAUCACAAGAAUCAAUACUACUUGGCACCCUCUGAAAACAGAGAGGAACUUGCAAGACUUGAAAAACAUGAGGCAUUUACGUAUCGCCAUGGUCAGCAGAUUAACUUACAGGAAGAUUUGCAGAGACACUCAAGAAACAAGAGUGACAGCUCAAAUGGGAAAGAAUCAACUUGGAGACAAGGCCAGCUCUUUGGAUUUGAAGAGUUUGCGACAGUGGAAGAGAAGGAGUAUAAGUUUGGAAUGAGUCCAAAACUUCACAAGCUGAAGAAGGACACGGAGUCCUCGCUGAGCAGCCGCUCUCCCAGUUAUUCCCCUAGACAGACAGAGAGCUGCUUCAGCUCCAGUCCUGACCUGUCUGAAGAGGAAGACGCAGCUGGGAYGAAGGCCUGUGUCAAAGUACAGCCCCUGGAGACAGGCAAAGCCGAUCCCACCUCAGCGGAGCCCACGAGCUCCCUGACCGUAAUGGUGCCUCUGCAUCCCAACAGAAGUUUGGGCAAGGGCGAAGCCAGCCCCCUGCAGCAGGAAGACUCCAUUGCAGCAGCCACGGGGGAGGGAAGUAAAGAGGCCGCUGCUCCCCGCGAGAGCAGCUCCUUCCUCCGCGCCACAAGGAGGGAGUGGGUGGCGCGCAGGGCGAGCUGCGACGUGUGCUCGCAGACGGAGAGCCCCGCGUCGCCGCCGGGAAAGGUGGACGUGGGCACCCAGUGUGGGAGCCCGCGGCUGGGCAGCUGCCUCAGGGCACAAAAUGGCAGCGYCGCCGGAGGGCACAAAAUGGCAGUGUCACCACAAAAUGGCAGCGCUGCYGGAGGGCACAAAAUGGCAGCGUCGCCACAAAAUGGCAGCGCCGCCGGAGGGCACAAAAUGGCAGCGUCGCCACAAAAUGGCAGCGCCGCCAGAGGGCACAAAAUGGCAGMGCCGCCGCCCGCAGCGAGAGCAGCAGCGCCCGAGGCCGCCGCUGAGGACGCGAGGCGCCCGGUGCAGCAGCGCCCAGGUACCCCGGCGCGGCAGCCAUGGAGCGCGCCGGGCGGCCGCCCGCCUAUGCGCGGGGACGCAGAGCGGGGCCUUGCACGGCCGCCACGGCCCGCGGCCGGUGCCGAGGGGGCCGCCCUGCUGCUGCCCCCUGCCUAG